AUGUUGUUAAAUUUUGCUGGAAAAGAUGCUAUAGAAGUUUUCAAUACUUUCGAGUUUUCUGCUGGCGAUGAUAAGAAAUUGGAUAAGGUUAUCGAACAGUUUGAAAGGUAUUGUAACCCCAGAAAAAAUGUAGUCUUCGAGAGAUACCAGUUCUGGAAAAUUACGCAGAGAGAUUCAGAGACGGUUGACCAAUUUGUCACAAGAUUAAAGAACAAAGUAAAAUCGUGCGAAUAUACAUCGGUUGACGAUAUGGUAAGGGACAAGUUUGUGUUUAGUAUACAAGACUUAACUGUGAAGAAAGAUUGUUAA